GGCUCCUAAACCUUUCAAAAGUAGGCAGAAGAGACAAAAGGAUUCCCUGUUUUGGUAGGGCCUGGUAGAUAUGGAGCAUAUAGACCUGAUGGAGAAUCUGAUGUCCCUGCAAUUUGAGCACGGGAUUCAGAAGGACGAAACCCCUUGGCUGUUUCUUCAGAGCCGCUCUCGAGGGCUGAUGAUCCAAGCCUGUGCCCAUGCGGUUUUCUUCUGCAGACUACUCCGAGUUCUGAGAAAAAUGGGUGGGAGCACCUCAGUCUCCAUGGUCCCUUCAGAGGAGGAGGAGGAAGACCCUUAUAGAAAACCCACCAAAAAAGAUCUGAAAGUGGGCAUCAUUGGAGGUGGACGACUGGGACGGCAACUGGCUCUAGUGUUACUCCACAAGGCCUCCAUCACCCCACCAAGCCUCCAUAUCUCUACUCGGAGGCCAGAGACCCUGAUUGACCUCCAGAGGAUGGGGAUCCGAUGCUUUUACCAUAACUGUUUUCUGGUGGACUGGGCCAACGUGGUCUUCCUCUGCUGUCUGCCAUCCCAGCUGCCUAACAUUUGCUUGGAAAUCAGCACUAGACUUGAGAAAUCCUGCAUUGUGUAUAGCCUGGUCACUGCUGUCCCUCUGCUUAGGCUGAAGCAGCUUCUAUGCCAUACCACCAUCUUGCGCCCCCAGUAUCAGUGUGCUGAAAAUUAUACUGACAUAUGGGGGGCCAAUGAGGACAUCAAAACCGCGCUUCAAGAUCAGGAGAUAAUUCAGGCUACUUCUCCCUACAGCACUGAUGGAGGAAUAACUCUCAACAUUAAGUGGCUGGAGGCAGUUUUCUAUGCAGCCCUAAAUACCUGCACAAUAAAGGAAAUGCCCUAUGAAGAUGUUCUAAAGGCACUCAAUAACUUUUGUCUCUCUGUGCAUCUGCCAACCUGUGGAAAGAAGACUGUUUGCCCAAAGUUCAUUGUUACAGAUUUUGUCAACCAAGCUUUUGCCAAGACCCUAAGUCCAAGCAAUGUUUUCCCUUGGUUUGACUUGAUCACUGUGCAACUCAAGGAAACGCCCUUUAGCCAGCAUCUAAGAAAAAGUAAGAAUCUCCAGGAACAUUUAAUUGUUCUUUACUGUGCCUCAUUUGGUAUCUUAGUUCCCAAAAAAACAAAAGGGAAUGAAGAAGAGAAAAAAGAAAAUGAGAAAGAGGAAGCUUCAGCCUCACAGCCCCAAAUGUCAGAUUUUUCAGAUGCUUGAGGAAUCCUUAGACUAAUCAGCAUUGCUGAUUGGCUGCCACUCCCCAGGUCAGCCCCCUUAAAUAGGAUGGACCUUGACUUUCACAGCUGGCAGUAGUGGCUGAUUUAUUUAGCAAUAACUUGUUGGAUAGAUUUAUAGAAAUACAAAGGUUUUGAUGAAUUUUAUGAUGAAUACCAAGCCAAGAAGGUGGAAUACAUCAUAGGAUUGUGUUUGCCACAAAUUGGUCACUAAGGAAAAGGAAAAAUGGCACCGCUGGCUCUCAUGAUUGUAAACCCCAAACCAUAUAGUUCCUUAAUCUGAGGUAAAUUUAGCUGUUGGAGCUUGCCAAUGUAACCUAAGUAUUCUGACUCACCUAAGAAUACAAUCAGUCCCUUGAUACUUACUCUUGUUGAAAAGUCUAGUUUUAGAGUUCCAUAAGUCAAUAAAGGUAACAACACUGGGAUAAAUAAAGACACGGGGCACACCAGUUGACCAAGUUCUGAUUCUCUUCAUGCUUCUUAUUUUAACUAGAUAAGAUUUUAUUUUUUGUCUUGUCUUGUCAAAAGUUGUUUUAAU